GCAAGGCCACGAUUCGUGCUUGACUGUGAGGAGUAGGUGACUUGCUUCACUGUCAGAGGAGAGGGUGGGUCUAGUUAAUCGACUGUGAUUAAAUUAGGUCACUGUACUUGUUCGAAUUCCGAAGGCCGAAAGCCGGCUACCGAUUGUAAUACCAAGGUACUCGCGAGCCCAACGGAAUGCCGGCCAAUAUAACUUACAUGUGAAUUCUAGAGAUCUCCCAACUCUUUGUUAACUAUCAAGGGCUGCCAGUACCAAAGCCGGCGUGCGAUCCUGUUUACACCGUUCGGAGCUCGGUGGUUCUUCGUCUGCAUCAGUAGACUAGGCAUUUACGGCCUACAUACACCGUGCCGCUUUUAGCCUUGUUGCCUGUACCAUGAUUGGCUCGGGACUCAGUCGAACUGCGUCGUCGUCGCGGCGUCUGCCAACUUUCUGGCAACGAUCCGUUUUGCGCACAGUCGCUCCGGCUUUCUCGACUGCAUCGCCGCCACUGGAUCCGAUUUGCGAAUGGGCGGCUUCCAACGUCCGUUACGGUCCCGGUGCCACUCGGGAAGUCGGUAUGGAUCUGGCCUUGCAGUUUCGGUGUCGAAAGGUCGUAAUCUUUACCGACCCAAAAGUGCAAACGCUCGACGGCAUGAACGUCGUUUUGGAAUCAUUGGAACGGCAAAACAUUGACGCGAUCGUUUACAAUCAAGUCCGCGUCGAACCGAACGAUGUCAGUUUCCGACACGCCAUUGACUUUUUGUCGCGGACGGACUACGACGCCGUUGUGGCCUUUGGCGGCGGCAGUGUCAUGGACACCGCCAAGGCGGCCAAUUUGUACGCUUCUCACGACGGGUACGAAGAUUUCUACGACUACGUCAACGCCCCCAUUGGCAAGGGGUUACCCAUCCCUGCCGGAAUUCAACUCAAGCCCUUGAUUGCUAUUCCAACCACGGCCGGCACGGGCUCGGAAACCACCGGCGUGGCUAUCUUCGACGACACGGCUUCGCGUUCCAAAACGGGUCUCGCGAGUCGGAGUUUGAAACCAACAUUGGGCAUUGUGGAUCCCGUGCACACCCGCACACUGCCACCCAAAGUGGCCACCUACGCGGGUCUCGACGUACUCUGCCACGCCAUGGAAAGCUACACCGCCCUGCCUUACAACCAACGUCCGGCCCCAGCGUCGCCGCUUCAGCGACCCGCCUACCAGGGAUCUAAUCCAGUCUCGGACGUCUGGAGUCUCUUUGCUCUGGAAACCUGCGUGGAGUUCCUCCCCAAGGUCCUGGCGGACACCAACGACGAUGAAGCUCGGGGUAAGCUAUUGUUGGCCAGUACGGCUGCCGGCAUUGGGUUCGGCAACGCCGGCGUCCACCUCUGCCACGGCAUGUCCUAUCCCAUCGCCUCCCAGGUCCGCGGCUACGUCGGUUACGAUCACGUGGAUCACGCUUUGGUGCCGCACGGCCUUUCCGUCAUUGUCAACGCUCCAGCCGUUUUUGAGUGGACGGCCUCGGCCGAUCCCGACCGGCACGCCAAGCUCGCGCGCAUUUUGGCGUCGCACCGCCUCGGCGAGGACCACGCCACCAGCGUCGGGUUGGCCGACGAAAUCCGGCUGUUCUGCGAACGCAUCCACGUGCCCUUGGGGUUGCGGCAGUUUGGGUACACUGCCGAAGAUAUUCCCAGUCUCGUGCAGGGGACGCUUCCCCAACACCGAGUGACCAAAAUUGCGCCGAAACCAGUCGAUCGGGACGUCCUGACCAACCUCUUUAUGCGAGCUUUGGAUGACACACACUAA